AUGCACUUCAUGUUGUUUAGCUUGAGCGCUUUUCUCCUCUCGACCAUCGUGACAAUUGCGGCACCGCCGCCCAACGCCGGCGCUGUGGUCAACUUGCGUAUCGAAGGGGCGCAGCGCACGAUUUUCGAAGGUCCGAUCUUCACCCGAGGCCACAACGUCACUACGAAGUCGGGUGGAAAUCAUCAUUGCGACGGGACGAACAACAACGAAAACCCGAAGCCUGGCCCGACCUGCACCAGCGCGUUAGACGAUGCUAGUAAGAGGAAGAACUUCAGUUUCGAUGGGACAUAUUUUCCGGAAUUUGAUGACUUCUUCAUCACGUCUAUCGAUGGUGACACCCAGACCGACACACAGUUCUGGGCGAUCCUCCUGAACUUCCAGUUCACGCCCGUUGGAGGAUGCCAACAGCAGGUUAAAUGGGGCGACGACGUUCUCUUCGCGUUCGAUGGGUUCGGAAGAGCGCACUACCUCAAACUGUCGGGACCGAAGAUUGCUCGCCAAAACCGUCCCGUAGCAUUGACUGUAACGGAUGGAGAGACGGGGGUGGCCGUUCCGGGUGCGAUCGUGGCUGGGCAGACGAGCAACACCGAAGGGAAAGUGUCCGUUACGUUUUCCAACCUCGGUAUCAAGAACUUGAAGGCAGAGAAGGCCGACUCGAUCCGGUCGAAUAGACUGGAUAUUCACGUCGUUCAGUAG